AUGAAGUCGAUUCUAGUGUAUUUGCUUUUUAUAAUAAUACAUGUGAAAAGUGAUGAUUACGUAAAUGUCACAUAUCAACCCGCCCAAAGGCAGCUAUUGGAUUUCAAGAAGGAACACCCUCACCCAAUAGGACUUUGGACCAAAAACGCAGGAGAUCCAGUUGAUAUUCGUGACACCGUGUCAAUUAACUCUGAUCAAUUUAACAACCAGCUGUUUAUAGACAAUUUCUCCACAAAUGAUGGCGAGAGAAUACCAGAACGUGUGGUACACGCCAAGGGUACAGGAGCUUUCGGCUACUUCGAAGUUACGCACGAUGUCUCUAAGUAUACAUACGCUGAUGUGUUUAAUGGAGAGGGGAAGAAAACACCGCUGGUCGUCAGAUUCUCACCUGCAUUACAAAACAUGGGAGGCACUGAUCUUGGUAGAGAACCGAGGGGACUGUCCGUCAAAUUUUACACGAAAGAGGGAAACCUAGAUAUCUUAUGUUUAUCCAUACCUGUCUACCUAUAUAGAGACCCAUUGGCGUUUUUAGAUGUAGCACAUGCACUAAAGAGAAAUCCUCAGACUGGUUUGAUUGACUUCACGACCGUUUAUGACAGGGUAGUAUUAAGGCCAACGGGUAUUCACUUCUUAUUUUGGUCAUUGUCUGAUUAUGGUAUUCCGAAUGGAUACAGAAUGAUGGAUGCUUUCCCCAUUCAUACUUUUGAGCUUGCAAAUAAACAUGGAGAGACGCAUUAUGUGAGAUUCAAUUUCAGAACUGAACAGGGUUUCACACCACUCACGACACCUCAAGCGGCCGCCAUUCAAGCUGUAGACCUGGAUUACUUUACCAGAGAUUUAUAUAACGCAAUUGAUUCAGGAGACUAUCCUGCAUGGAAACUAGAGAUGGAUGUGAUGACGGCACAUGAUAUACAAAAACUGGAUUAUAAUCCAUUCGAUGUCACAAGACUGUGGAAAAAUGGCACGUUUCACACUGUACCUAUAGGGAGGUUGGUACUAAACAAAAAUGUUGAAAAUCAGUUCAGAGAUGUGGAACAAGCGGUAUAUAAUCCCGGUCAUUUAGUGCCUGGUAUUCCUGGGCCGGUGGAUUCUUUGUUCCGCGGUAGAAGAGUAUUUUACAGGGACACUCAAAAUUAUCGUGUGGGAAGAAACAAUAACAAGAUUUUGGUAAACAUGCCAUUGUACCAGAAGACGUAUAUACGAGAUGGGACACCACCAACCAGGCUUAACAUGAAGAACGCUCCCAACUAUUAUCCUAAUUCAUUCCAUGGACCAGUUCCAUAUGUGGAUGAGCACAGGCCGUGGAAGAAGUUGCAGGUGUUGGAAGGUAAUGCUGUUGAUUUGGAACCAGCAUGGUAUUUUUAUAACCAUAUUCUGGAAGAUGAGGCUCACAGACAAAGAUUUAUUACCAAUCUUGCCAUGACCCUUGCACCAGUCACACCACCGGUGAUUCAAAAAGCGUUUAAAAUGUUGCAUUUGAUUGAUGAAGAUUUGGCUAAACGUACUAGGGCUGCUUAUGAAAUAGCAGUUGCAGCAGCGGCGGCUCAGCAAGCAGCGACAACACCUGUGCCUGUGACACCUAAGAGGAAUUACCCAACCGCUGACGGUCCUCCUAAACACAACGACACAAAAAGUGUUUAUCGUCUAGGUUUUCACCAUGAACAUCAUUCAUAUGAACAUUAUUAA